AUGACCGACCAAGGUUCUGGGGCCAUUUAUGGCUUUGGUAACUCCAACCUCGGUGCGCAGCCUCCCUUCAUCGACGACAAUGCCGCUCAGCGUGUGAAGACCGACCCAUCCCAAUCCAACAUCGCGACCAGCAACCAGGCCGAUACCGACAAUCAGUUCCUGUAUGAUUCCUCCAGUUGGGCCUACCAGGACACCCCGUCGUACGACAGCUUCAACUUUGCUGCCGCGAGCAGUGCCGCCGACUCCGUGCCUCUCUUCCAGACCGCGUCCUGGGACGUGGCACCCGCACCUCAGCAACAGCAACAGGCCUCGCCUUCGACUGGCACCAGUGCUACCUACGACCAGUCCAACCCUUCGUCGUCAGGAUACUACCCCAACCCCACCAUCAACAACAGCAACAACGCCGCACAACCCUCCCUCAGGCAGGGUACCCCUCAGCGAUAUAACGCGCCAGGCGGCGAGACGCUGAACCUCCUGACACCUGCCCAACAGGAGAAACUACGGAGCAUCGCCAUGCCCGCCCAUCUUCAGUACAACUCGCCCAAGAGUGAGCCGAGUCCCGGUUCCGCUGCUGCGGGGGCUCUUUCGUCCCCGGAUGGCACUGAUCAAUUUGGCAAGCCUCUCAGUCGGAAGAGAAAGUCGUCGGCCGACGCUGAGGAUGAUGAAGAUGAGCUCGAUGAAGAUGGCAACCAGCCUGUCAAAAAGACGGCCCACAACAUGAUUGAGAAGCGCUAUCGGACAAACCUUAACGACAAAAUCGCAGCGUUGAGAGACAGCGUCCCCAGUUUGCGCAUCAUGUCGAAGAGUGCGCGGGGCGAAGAUACGACCGAAGACCGUGAAGAGCUGCACGGCCUGACACCGGCUCACAAGUUGAACAAGGCAACGGUGCUAAGCAAGGCUACCGAAUAUAUCCGCCAUCUCGAGAAGCGAAAUAACCGCUUGCUGGAUGAGAAUGGUGCGAUGCAGGCGCGCAUCGCAGCCUUCGAAAAACUGUUCAUGGCUGGUGCCAUGACUGGUGCCAUGAGCCCAAUGCAACAACCACCCACGCCAAUGCAGUAUCCUCAGGAUCAAUAUAUCAACACACCCAUGGGCACACCUCGCGGCGACGCACCCCAGGGCAUGAUGACCGUUCCCGAAGAUAUGAAGCGCAUCAUCGCCGCUCAGAUGGCUGCCGGUCAGCCUUACCCGGUGCCGCAGCAACAGUUCCGUGGCAACCCUGGUCUGCUUCGCCAACAACAGAUCCAGCAGCAGCAACAAGCACAGCAAGGCGCCCGAUGGGGCAACAACGCACCCUAUUUCGGCAAGUUGAUGGUCGGCUCCCUGGCUGGACUGAUGAUUAUCGAGGCUGUGCGUACGGAGGAGCAAAGCAACGAGACGCCAGAAGGCCGCGGCCUGUUCGCGGUUCCGAUGCAGCUUCUCGGCGCCUUGAAGUCCAGCAACUUCCACGUCGCUGGUCACGUCGUCCCCGCCGCGCACUUUAUCUCUCACCUCAAAGUCCUCCUUUUCUUCGGCAUCUUCCUUAGCGUUUUCAUGCCUUCGCUCUUUGCCCCUUCAGACAAGAAGCAGAAGAAGGGCGCGGAGCAAAUGAGUAGCUCGCUCGAACCUGCUCCUUCGCUGGCAUCGCCUAUUCAUGUCCGACGACAGGCAUGGCUCACUGCGAUCCAAACAGUCUGGGUCCCAAAGCACAAUUUCUUCCUGGAGGCAGCUGCCCUUAUUCUCAAAACCAUGAAGCUGAGCCUACGAAACACGAUCGGAGUCCACGGCUACCAGGCACUGACUGGAUUCACCGAAGAACAGGAAGCAGCCCGCGUCAAGGCAUGGUCGAUUGCUCUGGAUGCGCAAUUGGCCGGUGGAGAUGUCGAAGUAAACAAGAGCCGGCUGACGCUGACCUUGUUGGCAUCCGGCACACUCCCUGAUACCCCUCUUCGAUCCAUGCUGAAGGCGCUCCACAUUCGGGUUCUGCUCUGGGACCUCGGCUCCCGGGGUAUUCACAAUACUAUUGCCACAAAGCUGGCGAGGUCCCGCUGGAACGAGGCCAAGCAAUUGAACAGGAUUCUUACGCAACAACGACGCGUCUCGGAGCAAGCAAACGACGACGAGCUUCCCGAACAUCUUGCUGCGCUGCUGGAACAAGAGUGUGACAACGUCUUGAAUUGCCACAUCAUUCGACGAGCCUAUAACCUGGCAUGGAAUCUUCCGACUACCGAAAACGCGAACGAGCAGACGGAGGGUAUGGAUGCUGUCGUGGACGAUCAGGCCGUGCGAUCCCCCAUGGAUGCGGUGGCGGCUUGGUGGUCCAGUCAGGAAGUCCAGCGGGCUUUGACUGCCAGCUUGAGUGCCGGCAAGGAUGAGACCGAGUCUCAGGAGGUCGUGUCGGGCCACCUUGACAAUGCCCUCAAGGCAGCUCCCGUCGCGUCAGGCGCGCAGGCACGAGCUCUCGUCGCUCGUGCCGUCCUCGUCGACGAGAAGCGGGGCGCUAGCAUUGCAUCUGCCAUUCAAACUGUCCAGCCCGGCGUCGUACAGGCACCGAUUAACGACAUCGUGUCUCCGAUCCUAGAUUCGUCUUCGCCAGCAGUUCAGACGCCCGAUGUCCAAGUGGCGCUGCGGUGCGCCAUGGCAAUUGCCCAUCUCCAACGAUUCAAGACGGGACCGGCCCCUCGCGAGAGCACCCAACUCGUGGAGAAGCUCGCACAACCCAGCGUCACGGCGAGCAUGUCGCUCCUCGGAUGCACGGCACUAUUCAAACUCAUGACGGAGCUCCACACGCAUCCCUCGGCUGCCGAAGCAUUCAGCACCUCGCUCGAACGCCUGGCUGGCAGCCUCCGCAUCUGGAUCGGCAGCACGCCAGGCGAGCAGUGUGGGUUGGAUCAGGACGUUCGCCACAAGAUGGUGGAUCGCUGCCUUAGCAUCACGAGGAGCGUUGUGGGCAUGGAGACCGACACAGGGUACGGCAGCAUGAGCGAGUGCGAGGAGGAGCUCGGUUGCUGA